GUGUCAAUAAAGUUUGUUUACGAACCGCGCAUGCGCAUUGACCAACUACUCGUCUACGCACGAGCUGGCUGUCCGCUCGGAUGUUAUAGCAUUAGCAUUAGCAUUGGACUUAGCCGUUCCGGUGCCGGAACUGGAUUUCACUGCUGUUCGUUUAUUAAGUGCGAAUACACUUGUAAAUGUUUUCUACUCGGAUUUUAUCAUUUAGGACACUGACUUUACAGCUUUUCCCGCGAUGGAACAGCUAGCUGCUGCUAAUCUAGCCAACGCUUUCCAACAUUACCAGAUCUGUAUCUGUUGUUAAAAUGUUGAGGAUGGCAGUCCAUAAGGAGAACUCCUGUUUAGAGGAGGCGAUCUCCUUAAAGGUGUGAAAGUUACAGCUCCUGCAGUGUUUAUUACCAUUGGAUACAGUCCACAAUGGGAAGGAUCAGUAUUUCCUGCUUGUUUCCAGCAUCAUGGCACUUCAGCUUUUCUCCUGCCGUGUUUCCCCGCUUCAUGCUCCCCUCUUUGAGGCAGCUGCUCCUGCUCGGUUCAGUGGUGGUGCUUGCAAGUCUUCUCUACCUGCUGCUGAUCACAGGCAAAGGCCACAACAUCUGGCUCCAAGACAAGCACUAUCACAGACGUUUAUCACGGGUGACGGAUAUGGAGGCCACUGACACGAGUAACCCCAAUCUGAACUACGGCGUGGUGGUGGACUGCGGGAGCAGCGGCUCGCGCGUGUUUGUGUACACUUGGCCUCGGCACAACGGAAACCCUCACGACCUGCUGGACAUCCGGCAAAUGAGAGACCAGAACCGCAAACCGGUGGUCAUGAAAAUCAAACCAGGUAUUUCUGAAUAUGCAACAACACCAGGAAAAGCCAGCGAUUACAUGUACCCUCUGCUAAGCUUUGCUGCUGAACACAUCCCCAAGGCCAAGCACCAGGAAACUCCUUUAUACAUACUGUGCACAGCAGGGAUGAGGGUUCUGCCAGAGAGUCAGCAGGAGGCUCUGCUGGAGGAUUUGCGAACAGACAUUCCUGUGAAUUUCAACUUCCUCUUUUCCGACUCGCAUGUGGAAGUCAUUUCGGGAAAGCAGGAGGGUGUGUAUGCAUGGAUUGGGAUUAACUUUGUGCUGGGAAGGUUCAAUCAUGUCGACGAUGGUGACGAUGAAGUCGUGGAGGUGCAGGUUCCCGGUGGAGACCAGCAGGAGACGUUGGUGCGCAGACGCACUGCCGGAGUGCUGGACAUGGGCGGCGUCUCAACUCAGAUAGCAUACGAAGUGCCCAAAACUGUAAGCUUUGCUUCCCAAAAACAGGAAGAGGUGGCUAAGAAUUUGCUGGCGGAGUUUAACCUCGGCUGUGAUGCUCAUCGAACUGAACAUGUGUACCGUGUUUAUGUUUCGACAUUCCUGGGGUUUGGUGGGAAUGCAGCACGCCAGAGAUACGAGGAAAACCUCAUCAGCAGCACUCGCCUCCAAAACAAGCUGCUGGAUCAGCAUCGUGGUGAGACUCCUGACUCUCCUGUGCUCGACCCGUGCCUGCCCUUGGACCUCCAGGAUGAGGUGGGUCCCCCCGGUCAGAAGCUAUACCUGCGUGGGAGUGGAGAUUUCGGGCUGUGCCGCCUGCAGCUGCAGCCCUUCCUCAACCGCACCAACGAGACCAGCACCUCGCUGAAUGGCGUCUACCAGGCCCCCAUCGACUUCACCAACAGCCAGUUCUAUGGCUUCUCUGAAUUUUACUACUGCACGGAGGAUGUGCUGCGCAUGGGCGGAGAUUACAACUCCACCAAAUAUACCAAUGCUGCAAAGGACUACUGCGCUACUCAGUGGAAAAUUUUGAGAGAACGCUUUGACCGUGGCCUUUAUGCCUCUCAUGCAGACUUGCACAGGCUGAAGUACCAGUGUUUUAAGUCAGCAUGGGUGUAUGAGGUGUUCCACUCCGGUUUCUCCUUCCCUCUGGGCUAUGAGAACCUGAAAACGGCUCUGCUUGUCUACGAUAAAGAGGUGCAGUGGACUCUGGGAGCCAUUUUGUACCGCACACGCUUCCUACCUCUAAGGGACAUCCAGCAGGAAAGUUUGAAGGGCUCGCACUCACACUGGCACCGUGGCUUCACCUUCAUGAACAAUCAUUAUCUCUUCCUGGUCUGCUUCAUGGUGGUGCUCCUUUCCAUCAUGCUCUACGUGCUCCGCCUGAGGCGCAUCCACCGCAGAGCUGCGCUGAACCGCGGGCCUUCAGUCCAAUGGCUGGAGGAGGGGCGGGGCUCUCCGGACCUUCCUGUCACCUUAUAGGACAUGAACAAAUCAAAUAGCUGGACGGGAACUUGGACUCUUUAGACUGAGUUUUGUUUUGUUUUUUUGAAUAUGUUGUAGAGCCUGGGUCCUGUGAAUCCCGCACCUCUCCAAGGCCUGAAGGAGGGUUUGAGGCUUUUAAAGCCAUCCCAUCCGUCAUCCUACAUGAUUUGGGAACUGCUCGUCUUGACUGAAUCUUGACCUCUCUUCCUUCCCAGGCCCUUAAUGUUGGGAACGAUCCUCAAGUUUUUCAUUAUAAUGUUGAUAAACGACUGUAAAUGGUUGAAAGGCCAGGGGAAAAAGCUUUUCAGUGCAAUCGUUCUUCAUUGAGACUGCUCCAGAGUGCCUGGCGAGCCGGACAUCACGAGUUCAGUUCGGCUAUGAAGCUCAGAAAAUUAAAGACAACUUCUGCUGCCUUUAAAUAUUGUUAAUGUGAAAAGUACUGAAUGUGAGGUUAGCAUGAGGUUUAGGUGUGUACUCUCAUGCAGUGAUCUAAGGCCCUGUCCACACCUUGUAUGGAUAUUUUUGAAAACAGUUUUUUUAGGCACCCUUUUCAAAAAAAAUUGUGUUUUUUGAAAAUAUCUCCACUAAAAAGCUUACAUGAGCGUACCAGUAGGUGGCAGUAGUAUAUCAAAAACUGUUAUGUCAAACGCCUCAAGUACAAGGUAAAGAGCAAGCGAGUGGUAGAGAAGGUGAAAUAAAGAAAAACACCAUCACACAUUGUUUUAUUUGAUUGAAUUUUUUUUUUUAACAGAAGGGUAAAUCCUAUGCUUUCAAAAUAUCCAAAUACAUGUGAACAGAGCCUUAGUUUCUUGCUGACAGGAUUUAAGCAUCAGCCGCCCCACACCCUUAUGUAUUUUGGACCAGUGGUUAAACCAGAGGCAAAUUGCAGAUUAUUUAUUUUCUUGGCCAAUCUAUAGAUCUUGAUUUUGCCAUGUCACAGGUGUUCAUGGGUCAACAGGAAUGAGGAGCUAGUUAAAGUUAAAUUUGAUCAGUUAAUUGCAAGUCACAACUAACAGUUCUUUAAGUCUUAAUGCUCAGUGCAACAUACUAUAAAUAAUAGUCAAGCUAGUCAGCUACCUAAUCUACAGCACUGCGAUAAACACAAAGGUUAUCUUUGUAGCAGCAGUUCGCUCACAAGCUAACUUAUAUAUUGCCCCAGAAAUAUCACGGAGAAAUGCAGCCUUGGUCCACAGAUUUCACACUCCAGUCAGUAGUUUUAUGGGGGUUUUUUUGUCAUUCUUGCAAACUCUGGCUCCGAUUGUCAAAUGUAACUUCAUCAUGAAUUAACUAAUGUUAUCGUUCUCCUCACCUUUACUUCAUUCCCUUCAGAAAAAAGUGUCAACGAAGUGAGCCAGUGUGUGUAUGGGUGUGUGUGUGUGUGUGAGGUAUUGAGAGUACAAGUCACAGUAAUAGUAUUUGGACUGUUUUGUAGAUGACACUGUAUUACUAUUUAUUUGAUUCUCUCCUUGGACUGUUAAAAGGAACCCAGGGAGCGGUCUUUUUCUAGCUUUACUAGCUCAGUGUUUUAACUACUAUUUUUUUCUGUAAUGCUGUAGUUGAUGCCAGUCUUGUAAUUCUUUUUUUUAUGAGUUAUUUAAUAGUAAUUUGAUGAUGGUUGUACAUUUUCGGUCUCAGUACAAGUAUGAAGAGAAGCAGUGCAAUAUUCAUAUGAAAAGGAACACACCGAUAUUUCCUGUCCCCAUAUAGAGUUGCACUCGGAUACCAGGGAUUUCUACAGCAGUGUAGCCGGGUACGUUAAGAUGAACGCAGUCAAGUUAUAAUGAUUUAAACACGUGAUCUGAGACCAGCAUUAGUUUGCGGAAUCAAAUUUCUGCAUCAUUACUGCUGGUAACUUACCAAAGAGUAAAAGAGCGAACAUCCUUACCACAGUGUUUCUAUCAUUCAAAACUCUGCAUUCAGAAGCCAUCAAUCCCGGUAUGAUAUGCAUAAACCUAAAAAAAAAAAAAAAAAACUGGUAUCAUGUUUAUAAGUCGUUCACAAGCCAAAUCCGUAAUGUGCAUGUGUAAAACAGUUCUCCCGGAAAUGUUGUUAACUUCUGAAGAUUAAACCAAAACUUGAUUUUCCAGUGUCUUUAUUGUUCUUCUGUGGCCUAUAAGAUAAAAGAUAAAAUACACUGCCAGUCAAAAGUUUGUGGAGUUUGUUUUAAUACGGUUUAAUCACUGUUUAUGGCACAGACACAACAAAUAAUUUCAGGAUGCCUGGAUUAAAUAAAGACAUUAUUAAACCAG